AUGAAAAAAAAGAAUAAGCCUGUCGUAAGCGCCGGAAAGGAUGGCGACAAACUCGAGGCAGCAAAGGCAACAUACGCUAACGACAUACAUGUGAAACGAUUAGGUUUUCUGCUAGACGCAGCCGAACUCAUGGGCAACUUGUACCCCAACAUCAGCCGUGGAUAUGUAAAGGAGCUUCGGGAAAUAGCACAAAAACAUGUAAUACGUCUCGAUCCAUCUUUCAAGCGGGCGUUCUGCAAAGGUUGCAAUACGCUUCUAUUACCGGGCGUCAAUGCGGUAAUAAUGGCAGAGUGCCACGGAAGGGAGUGGCGGCACGUACCGGAAAACAUUGGUGAACGCGAAUUGAUACAUGAUGGCAACUUGGCAGACCCUCACCCUACGGAGAUCGAUGCGCUACAACCGCUAGAUGAAUCGACUUAUGAUUGGAUGAGCGUCACCUGCUGUAUAUGCACGAGGACACGGAGGACGAAAGUGGAAAAUAUCAAUUUAAAACAGUCAUGCAAUGCUCAGGAGGUAGCAUCCACUGAGCCUGAAAUGCAGUUAUUCUGA